UUUGGACAAACAGAGGCGAUGCUGUCGAAGGUUACAAGUUUCGAAAUUUGAAUUAGCCGUGAGAAAUGAACGGUUGGGUUUCAAUUUCUGGACGCGGAGCGGACUUGUGAUUAAAUCCGACCCGCUUUUUCCCAGCAUCCGCUCCAGUACUCCUUUUUUUUAAGGAACGGAACGUGUGUCCGUCGUGUCAGUGUUAUGCAUCUCCGUGGUGGCGGCGCACUUCAUCGCCUCCGGCAGCCUACCGACGCCCGCACGUACGCCUCUCUCCUCCGCUCACUAGCCCGAUCCUCUUGCCCCUCUCCGCUCCGCCGCCUCCGCCAGAUCCAUGCGCACCUCGCGCUCCUCGGCAUCCUCCACGACGACGACGCUCCACUCGCCGCCCGCCUCUCCGACGACUUCCCUUCCGCCUCCCUCCUCCUCUACCAUGCCGACCGUCCGUCCUCCCUCCUAUUCAAUGCCCUCCUCCACUCCCACUCCCUACGCGGCUCCCCCCUCGAAAAUCUCUGCCUAUUCCGACGGAUGCUUGCUCUUGGCCUCCCUCCCGACCACUUCACCUUUCCCUUCGCCCUCAAGGCCGCCUCCGACCUCUCCUUUCUCUCCUUAGGCCGCACCCUCCACCUCUACACGCUCCGCCGCGGCCUCCACCGAGACGCUUACGUCGGCAGCUCCCUGAUCAAUAUGUACGCCAAGUGCGGCGACCUCGACGAUGCCCACCGCAUGUUCAACGAAACGGCACUUAGACUUCCCUCCUCAUGGAACGCCCUCAUCGCCGGUUACAUGAGAGUGGGCGCCUUCGGCGCCGCCGAGAACCUCUUCGACGAAAUGCCUGAGAGGAAUAUCAUCUCCUGGACCUCCAUGAUCUCCGGCUACUGCCAGAGCGGACUAUCCGGCCGCGCGCUGAGCCUAUUCCACGAAAUGCGGCAGAGGGAUUCGGAGGUGAAGCCCAAUUGGGUGACGGUGGUGAGUGUGCUGCCGGCGUGCGCCCACUCCACCGCGCUGGAGCAAGGCGAGAGGAUCCACCAGUACGCCGCUGCCAUGGGCUUCGAUUCACAUCCCAUCGUGCAGAUUGCUCUCGUCGGAAUGUACUCAAAGUGUGGCAACCUUACCAAAGCCCGCCAACUGUUCGACAAAAUUCCUCACGGAGACAAAGAUGUCACCGCAUGGAACUCCAUGAUCACCUCCUAUGCUUCGCACGGCCUCGGUUGCGAAGCCGUAUCGACAUUCGAAGACAUGUUGAGAUCAGGCAUUCGCCCGGAUCCUAUCACAUUCACUGGCCUACUCUCUGGGUGCAGCCACGCAGGGUUGAUCGAUCAAGGCCUUGCAUAUUUUGAUUCCAUGAAGACAGUUUACCAUGUAAAGCCGCAAUCUGAGCACUACGCAUGUGUCGUGGACCUCUACAGCCGCGCCGGUCGUUUGGUUGAGGCAAUGCAGAUGAUUGAAAGGAUGGAGACCGAAGCCGGUGCUAGCGUCUGGGGUGCAUUGCUCUCAGCUUGUCGGAAUCAUGGCAAUGUGGAGUUGGCAGAGGUUGCAGCGAGCAAAUUGUUCGAAAUCGAGCCAGAAAACAGUGCUAACUAUGCGUUGCUUUGGAACAUGUACUCAGAGCUGGGCAGAUGGGACGAGGUGAAGAGGGUAAAAGCUCUAAUGCGCGAGAAAGGAACAAAGAAGAACCCCGGUUUUAGCUGGACCGAGACCAGUGCAAAAGUUUGUGCCCCACAAACAACAGAUGUUUACAUGUCUUCCUAAGAUAUCAACUAUUUAAAACCAUCAAACAUGGCGGAAAAUGAAGAACAUUAAUCAAAUAUUCUCGAGUCUCAUUAUUA